CCCCAGCACCAGGUGUGGCCACUAGCCUAUAUGAAGGCCCAAAAUUGUGUGUUCCUUUCUGCUCUGACAAUGGCAUGCCCAUUCUUGCGAGAUGUGGUGGAUGAAGAAGCACUUGUGCUGAGGAGAGCCUUCAGGCGAGAAAGGGUCUUCAGGGACCGGUUGGACCCACUGGCCUUCCCUGAUGACCAUCUAUAUGAAAGAUACAGGUUUUCUGCAGAUGGCAUCAGGUAUCUAUGCAGACUACUGGGUCCCAGGAUUAAGCACCGCACUGCACGGAGCCAUGCACUGAGUGUGGAGCAAAUGGUUUGUGUGGCCUUGCUUUUUGCUAGUGGAGCCUUCCUGUACUGUGGGGAUGCAGAACAGCUGAACAAGGCCACAAUUUGCCGCACAAUAAGGAGUGUGUGUCUGGCUAUCAAAGCAUUAGCAGAUGUCUUCAUCUCCUUCCCUGGCCACAGAAGACUCUGUGACAUGAAAGAGGAGUUCUAUAGGAUUGCAGGUUUCCCCAAUGUCAUUGGUGCAGUGGACUGCACACACAUAAGGAUAAAAGCCCCCUCAGGUGCCCAUGAGGCCGAUUUUGUGAAUAGGAAAUCCUUUCACAGCAUUAAUGUUCAGAUGGUCUGCAAUGCUGACUGUGUGAUCAGCAAUGUUGUGGCAAAAUGGCCUGGCUCAGUCCAUGACUCCAGAAUCUUUCGGGCCUCUGAAAUCUAUCAGUGCCUAUCACAAGGUGAAUUCUCUGGUGUGUUGCUGGGAGACAGGGGGUAUGGCUGCCAGCCUUUUCUCCUGACACCUUUCACAGACCCCCAGGAAGCACAGCAGGCCUACAACCAUGCCCAUGCCAGGACCAGGGCCAGAGUUGAAAUGACCUUUGGCCUCCUGAAGGCACGCUUUCACUGCCUUCACAAAUUAAGGGUCAACCCUGUUAGGGCAUGUGAUAUUACUGUGGCUUGUGCUGUCCUCCACAAUGUGGCCUGCCUGAGGAAGGAGAGGGCCCCCAGAGUGCCACCAGCCAUGGACUGGGACAAUCCGGCAAUCUUCCCUGAUGACGACAGUGGUCGGCUGCUGAGGGACCAAUAUGUGUUGAAUUAUUUUAGUUAGUAUGUGUGCUUUCAAUUUAGGUAAAAUAAUGUCCUGCUGUGGCAGAGGAAAUAGGGUUAUUUUUGGGUUGGUUUUUUUACGAAUUUGGCCUCUUAUGAUGUUUGUGCGGUAUACUGUGUGUAAUACAAGGCUGCAGGGAGGCUACUGCAUCCAUUCAUUUGUCUGUUCAGUUGAUGUGUAUGGAUUUGUCCUGCAUUUAUUUUAGUGUGCAGACAUGCAGGGUGUGUUAUAUACAGACCUUUGAAUGUGUAUGUAUCAUUUUGUAUAAUAUGCUUUGAUUCUGUGCUUUCCAUCUUGUAGAGUCACUGUGACUUCAGUUUCGAAAGGAGCUGAUAGUUUACCUGCUUUGUUUUGUCCUUAUUCAAUAAAGGAACAUAAUGUUA